CCACACUGAAGCUGUUGUGAAGAAGGGACACUAGCGCCUCUUUUUCUUGAGACGGCAGAAGAAAUUCGGAAUGAACCACCACAUCCUCACGCUGUUCUAGACCAGCACUGUGGAGAGCCUCCUGACUGGCUGCAUCGCUGCCUGGUACGGCAACAGCACUGCCCUCAACUGCAUAUAUUGUGUUGUGUAUUUUAUUGUACCUGUGUAUAAAUAUAUUGUAAUUUGUUAGGUGUAUAUUGUACAUUGUGUUGUGUAACAGAUGUGUAAAUUGCGUUAUGUGUAAAUAAGAAGUUAUCAUGUUGUUAUAAUUGUUAUAUAUUGCUUAUUUGCCUGAAACUGCACACAAGACUUUCACCCUCUGUUGCAGUCUGUUUGGUUGAGUGACAAUAAAAGGGUGUGAUUUGAUUCUGAUUUGAUUAAAAGCGCCCCCCUGUGGAAAUAACACCCAAGAGUAACUGCUUCUUUUCAAUUAUCUGUUUAAUUUAUCAGUGAUAAACCGGCAUUUUGCAAACCAUUGUGAUCCACAGUCGUUUUGUUUGCAGUUAUAUGGUUUUAUUUGAGUUUUUAAUCAUACAGGUAAAAAGAAAACGAUUAUAAACUCUUCACAUGUUUUUCUCCAGUUUUGUGUUACUUCCUUUAUAAAUGCACCAAUGGAUUCUUCUGUUGACUCGUUUAUAUAUAAAGUUAUUGAUAUCCUUGUCCUUUUGAUUAAAUUAUGCAUUUCUUUCGUUGUUGUUGUUGUUUGUUUGUUGAACUGUACCGUUAUUUUUCACCAUCAGUGAUUGACAAUAUAACCGCACGGAUCUGUUAACAUUGAGUUAUUGGAAUGAUUACGUCAUAAUGGAUAUGUCAAAGUUAAUAUUAUAAAUGAAAAGACAACAUUGAGUCACCAGAAGUUAUUUGACCUCGAUCAUGUUACGACCAAUGUCGCGUUCCGUUGAAUAAUUUACUGCAAGAGAAGAAGAAAAACACAACGAAUUCUAUUUCAAUAGGCGAAUUCUCAGGAAUUGGAUUAUGUCAAGAAGACCCAUCCAUGUGGAGAGUGGGGACAAGAUACAAGAGACUGAUCUAAAUCUAGUCGAACUGGAGGAGAACACCAAAAUGUGUGAGGUAGUUUGUGAGCUGGAGAACAUUCUCAGUGAAAUGCAAACAUACGAACGUCGUCUGUCGGAGCUGUUUGACAGAAAGAUCACGUCGGAGGGUCUGGACACAUUCCUCCAAAAGAUCCGGUCUGCGGCAGCCCAGGAUGUGAGGAAAUGCCUCUCUCCGGCCUUGAUAGGCCUUCCUAUUAUGGCAACAGGGAGCAUGAACAGCUCUUCCACAUCAUCGUCUGGACAAACUGAACCAGAGUUUUUAGCCCUGACCGUGCCUGACUUCACCAUGGGAGCUGAGGUCCUGGUCCCAGGCACGAUGACCUGUUCCCUGAAGCACCUGCUAGAGAAACCCAGAGAGACGGUCCAGCAGUCUCUGGCUAAGCUAAGUAUACAAUUCAGUAACCUGGGCCUUGUCUCUGUUGUGGGACAGAAGGCUGUGGCAGCCACAUGUGAAAUCUAUAAUCUGAUCAUGAGAGUGGUUUCAGUCUUCCUGUCCCAUUGUGGCAACUGCUCCAGGCACAUCUUGACCUCAGUUACAGGCGUGAUUGCACGGGACAGCAUGGCCGCUGUGCUUCGGUGCUUCAAAGAAACAGCCAAGACCUUCAACCUACUAGGCUUCAAUAGCACCUUCUUCCAGUUGAAGCCUGUGGUCCUGGCGGUGGUGACCUAUCUGGGAAAGAUAUACCAAAGCAAAAUGGCUGCUGCCUACAAGUACCAGCUACCCCUGGCUGAUGAUUAUUCCUCGGAGCUUGAGGAGUUUCGUGGGAAUAUCGAGGCACCCAUCAUUGUUGAGGAAGUCCCCAGUGAGCUCCUGGAGAAGGUGGUGGACUCAGAGCAGAAGAGAUUCCUGGUCCUGGAUGACAUCUUUCACUCUCACAGGCCUAUCCUUGCCAAACAGCUGUAUGAAGAGCUUGCUGCAGCUGGAUACAUCAUCUCUCAUGUUCCUGAUGAACUCCUGGAGAAGACAGAGAAGAAGUCUGAGGAGAAGGGAUCCCUGGCUGCUGUCUCUGAAAGUAUUUUCGUGGCCUUACUGCCUCCUGAAGCCAUUCAGCUUGUGGCAACUGGACACAUCACUGAUGUCCGUGUGGAAAAUGCUCUGGUGAAGGCUGAAGCCAAGGAGCUGGUUAUGGACGGCCUGAAAACUACAGCUUGCAAAGUUGUGGAGGACCUCAUAGCAGCAGCCAAUGAAAUGGUUGGCAUGGAUACUCCCCUGGAUACUGAGAUCUCUCAGACCAAAAAGGUUGCCCUCAUCACUGGCAAGGCUGAGGAGAAGGGAUCCAUGGCUGCUGUCUCUGAAAGUCUUUCCCUGGCCAUACUGCCUCCUGAAGCCAUACAGCUUGUGGCAACUGGACACAUGGCGGAUGUCCGUGCUGAAAAAGCUCUGGUGAAGGCCGAAGCCAAGGAUUUGGUUAUGGACAGCCUGAACACUGCAGCUUGCAAAGUUGUGGAGGACCUCAUAGCAGCAGCCAAUGAAAUGGUUGGCAUGGAUACUCCCCUGGAUACUGAGAUCUCUCAGACCAAGAAGGUUGCCCUCAUCACUGGCAAGGCUAAGUCUAAGGUUACUACUGAGGAUGUUCCUGAUGAACUCCUGGAGAAGACAGAGAAGAAGUCUGAGGAGAAGGCAUCCCUGGCUGCUGUCUCUGAAAGUCUUUCCCUGGCCUUACUGCCUCCUGAAGCCAUACAGCUUGUGGCAACUGGACACAUCACUGAUGUCCGUGCUGAAAAAGCUCUGGUGAAGGCCGAAGCCAAGGAGCUGGUGAUGGCUGGCCUGAAGACUGCAGCUUCCAAAGUUGUGGAGGACCUCAUAGCAGCAGCCAAUGAAAUGGUUGGCAUGGAUACUCCCCUGGAUACUGAGAUCUCUCAGACCAAAAAGGUUGCCCUCAUCACUGGCAAGGCUGAGGAGAAGGGAUCCAUGGCUGCUGUCUCUGAAAGUCUUUCCCUGGCCAUACUGCCUCCUGAAGCCAUACAGCUUGUGGCAACUGGACACAUGGCGGAUGUCCGUGCUGAAAAAGCUCUGGUGAAGGCCGAAGCCAAGGAUUUGGUUAUGGACAGCCUGAACACUGCAGCUUGCAAAGUUGUGGACGACCUCAUAGCAGCAGCCAAUGAAAUGGUUGGCAUGGAUACUCCCCUGGAUACUGAGAUCUCUCAGACCAAGAAGGUUGCCCUCAUCACUGGCAAGGCUAAGUCUAAGGUUACUACUGAGGAUGUUCCUGAUGAACUCCUGGAGAAGACAGAGAAGAAGUCUGAGGAGAAGGCAUCCCUGGCUGCUGUCUCUGAAAGUCUUUCCCUGGCCUUACUGCCUCCUGAAGCCAUACAGCUUGUGGCAACUGGACACAUCACUGAUGUCCGUGCUGAAAAAGCUCUGGUGAAGGCCGAAGCCAAGGAGCUGGUGAUGGCUGGCCUGAAGACUGCAGCUUCCAAAGUUGUGGAGGACCUCAUAGCAGCAGCCAAUGAAAUGGUUGGCAUGGAUACUCCCCUGGAUACUGAGAUCUCUCAGACCAAGAAGGUUGCCUUGAUCACUGGCAAGGCUAAGUCUCAGGUUACUACUGAAGAUGUUCCUGAUGAACUCUCCAAAAGUCUUUCCCUGGCCUUACUGCCUCCUGAAGCCAUACAGCUUGUGGCAACUGGACACAUUGCUGAUGUCCGUGCUGAAAAAGCCUUCAUGAAGGCUGAAGCCAAGGAGCUGGUGAUGGACAGCCUGAAGACUGCAGCUUCCAAAGUUGUGGAGGAGCUCAUAGCAGCUGCAGUAGAGAUGGUUCACAUGACCACUCCCCUGGAUACCCAGACCUCUCAGACCUGGAAGGUGGCCCUCAUCAAUGGGAAGUCUGAAAUUGCUGCUGAGGAUGUUCUUAAUGAACUCCUGGACAAGGUUGUGAAAGAGUCUGAGAAGAGGAGAUCCCUGGCCCUGAUCUCUGUCUCUGACUGCCCUCUCUUGGCCACACAGCUUCCUCAGCUCACCGAUCUUGUUCCUGAGAAGUGCAGUGGAGAGGCUGCCAAGUGUGCUGCAGAUGAAGACAGACAGGUGAAGAAGAAGAAGAAGAAGAAGGGAAUCCGUGCAUUCUUCAGAGGGAUUUGGAAGAGGAUGAUAUGUUCCUCUGGAUUCCCCAAGGAGGACUGAGGCCCUGUCACCUAGGAGUGUCUGUGCCCCUACAAGCAGCACACAAAGUAUAUUUUGAAUCCAAAAUAAAACUUAUUGGCAUUUCCAAGAAGUUGUGAUCCAUGCAGAUAUGUGUAAACAGGUCAUAAAGUACUGGAGCUAAAUGUGUAGUGGGCUCCAGGAUUGUAAAUGAAUCUCACAUCAUGAACAUACUCUACA